GAUAAUUCGUCAACCCGAACCCAACUGCCAGGCUAUGUUCGUCCUCUCAAAUCACCCACCGGAGCCCUUACAGAAAACCCUAAACCUUGUGGUCAUCACCACCAUCCAUGUUCCGACUCCCUCACUCUAAAGCGCUAACCUCCACCAGAAGGAGAAAACAAUACCAAUUACCGCCUCUAACCUGCAAUGGUUGUAACUCCGCCGCCUCCGAUUCCUCCGCUAUGUGCCUACAUCGGACCAUCCAACGCCAACGCUUCCUUCCACCUUCCCCUUCUUGCGACAGUCGGAAGGACAAGAAAACCAUGAGGGGUGCAAGAAAGCCUACGGAAUUGUCGAUUAAGAGAUUCAAAUAUAUCAUAUUUAUUGGUAUAUUUGAUUUUGCUUUUUUUUUUGCUCUUCGAUUUAGGUAUCCAAGAAAUUAA